AUGAUCAAACGCAGAUGCCUGUUGCAAACAGCUAGGAGCCUCAAUUGUCGGAAAGAGACUCUACGGUACGUUUUUGCACGCCGUUACUAUUCGGUUGAUCCACCAACCAUAUCGUCAAGGGGCAAGAAACUGAGGCCUGAAAAACCUAAUAUUGUUAUUCUGGAUCCGAAACAGAUAGGACACUCUUCGAAACAUCCUCAUCCUCAUCACAACAGGGGCCAGCAGAACUCGAUCUUGGAAGGAUUUGAUUUUGAAUUUAACUCAAUCUCAGAACCUUUAUUGUUCUCGAAAAAGGCAAGUAAGAAUGUAAGUCACCCUCAGGAGGAUCACCAAGACUUGAUUCAAAGGGAGACCGAAAAAUUACUGAAUUUUGAAACAAAAUUGAACGAACAUCAGUUCUUAGAAUCAAUCGAGUCGUUCAAGCCUGUGAGUAAAGUCAACGAUGCCACUCAUCUUCUAAUAGAUACAAACACUUACAAUGACCUGAAAUCAAACUUAUCAGAUUCCUUUACGUGGAAACAGCUUUACUCAUAUAUUAAGUUCAAAUCAAAUCUUAAAAGUAAAUUACAACAUAUGGUCAAGAUCGAUCUGAUUAAUAAAAUAUUUUUCGAAAUUUGGAAUUGUAAGAUUUCUGAAUCUAGUGACAACCAAUCAGUGACAAGUCCCACUUCAAGUGAUUUGGUUACUUUAAGGAUCAAGUUAAGUGAAAGAGGAGCAAAAUUGUUGAUAUUGACAGAUAAUGGUAAAAUUUUGAAAAAUUUAACCAGAUUAAAACAAAAAGUUAAGAAUAAUAUGAAAAAUUCAAACCUUUCCAUUGAGCUAAAUUUGUCACAAUACGAACUAUUGAUCACAAGUAAUGAAUCAAUCUCAAAAUUUAUUGAAAUUUCUAUCAAUAACAUUUUGAAAAAUAUAAUAGUAACUAAUUGGGAUUUUCCAUCAAUCAAAAUCGAAAACUUUGAAAAAUGUUUGGAUCUUAUUACCAAGAUUUGUGCGGUUGACAUAGAUCUAGAGAAAAAUGAAAUUGCUGCCUUUGGUAUGAAACGUAUACAACUUGCCACGAGAUUGGUAAAUUGGGUCAUUUCAAAUGAUACUCUGAAUAAAAUGGAAAGAUUAGAAGAUUGGUCCUCAAAAAAUGACAGAAAAUGGUUUCCUUUCAAUGAUGUGGACUCAUUAAAUUGGUUUGCAAAAAAUGAAACUUGGGGAAGAUUGCAAACUGUAAUACCAAUAAAUUCCUCCAAAAAACUCAUAGAAUCACUCAAUAUGGUAAGUGAAGAUAAAAUUGAUAGAUUAUACGAAUUCUUUACAGUAGCAAAUGAUGACAAGUAUCAGUCAAAAUUAAAUUUCUCCAAGGAUUCAAUAUUUAAUAACGUAAGCAUAUCACUGGGUACUUUAAUUCAAAAUGUUUCGGGAGAGAAACAUAUUUUCCAAUCAAAACUGCCACAAAUAACCUCCAAAUUACUUGACCUACCAUUAUAUGAUAAAAAUAUCCCUACAGUAGAUCAAUUAUUCUCGGUAGAUAGUCAUGACUACUACUUAGAACUAUCGUUUGCUCCUCCAAUCACCGACGAAUUCACCUCGCAUUUACCCCCAAUAAAACUAUGGUUAGAAUUAGAUGAGUUUAACAACACAAUUCCAUCUUCAAUCCAAUGUUUUAUGCACCUUUUAAAUAAGGAAGCACUCAUUCAGACGUCGCACUUACCUCACGAUUAUAAAAUCACCGUAGAUAAAAUUAGUAGCUUAUUACCGCUGACAUCAGUGGGUAACAAGAGUACUUUGAUCGAUCAACAUGGUAUCAAAGUAUUUAUCGAUAAGUUCAGGUUUUUGACCAUCAAGAACUUCAAAUCCACUAGCCAACUGAAUGUAAAUCUGGUGAUUGACGAUAAGCCAAUAAACAUUGAUUAUAACUUCAUUACAUUGAAUCAUUAUAGAAUUUUGAGGUUAAAAUACAUGGACAAAUACCUCUUACAAUUUUCCGAAAAUAAUGGCGGUAAACUAGGUGGUAGAUCAGCACAAAUCGAUUUCCUUUUGGAUGCUAAAAAUAAUGAAAUGAGUCGUAAAGAUUUUGGUAUUUUCGUAAGAGAUAUUUUCAGAUUUUGA